AUGGUCCGCAUUUCGGUUCUCAACGACGCUCUUAACAGCAUUGUCAACGCUGAGCGCAAGGGCAAGCGCCAGGUUCUUGUCCGACCCUCGUCCAAGGUCGUUGUCAAGUUCCUGUCCGUCAUGCAGAAGCACGGCUACAUUGGCGAGUUCGAGAUUGUCGACGACCACCGUGCCGGCAAGGUCGUCAUCCAGCUCAACGGCCGCAUCAACAAGUGCGGUGUCAUCUCGCCCCGCUACAACGUUCCGCUGAGCAAGAUUGAGAACUGGGUCGGCCAGCUGCUGCCCGCUCGUUCGUUCGGCUACGUUGUCCUCACCACCUCGGCCGGCAUCAUGGACCACGAGGAGGCCCGAAGGAAGCACGCCGCCGGCAAGAUCCUCGGCUUCUUCUACUAA